AUGAGAAUCACCACAAAACUCAAACUCCCCCUCCUCACAUUCCUCUCAAUCACACUCUCUCUUUCAACACACGUUGCUUCUUCUUCUAAUUCAGCGGCUACUUCUACUUGGGCAGGCUCCAAAUACGAGAUCCAAUGCACAAUGUGCGCCGCCUGUGACAACCCAUGCAACACCCCCGCUGCAACCCCACCACCACCGCCACCCUCCCCGUCUCCUCCGCCGCCGUCUCCCACCGCUCCCAACUGCCCUCCGCCGCCGAAGUCCGGAAACAAUAACAACAACAAUAACUACUAUUACUCUCCGCCGCCGCCAGCUCAGCCCACGUACGGCAACUCGCCGCCGCAAACAACUGGCGGGUAUUAUCCGCCGCCGGACGGGAACUAUGUACGGCCGCCGCCGCCCAACCCGAUCGUGCCGUACUUCCCGUUUUAUUAUCACAGCCCACCGCCACCUUCUUCAGCUAUUCGCCUCUCAAUAAACUCAUUUUUUCUCGCUACGAGGUCCUUCGAUGUUAAGUUUAAUCUUACUAGUGAAUAG